AUGCAUCAAAUUCUGUUGACAACAUCUAGUCUUGUCGUGACCUUUUCGGUGCUUGCAUCCUUUCUUCCACAGAUCCGCCAUGUGUGGCUCAGAAAAGAAAAUGGAAGAGUUUGCUUGAACUAUAUUCUCUUGAAUCUGAUUUCUUCAGUGGUCAAUCUCUUCUUGCCCUUCUUUUUCACAGUCAAUGCUGGCCAGGACAUGCCAGUCUGGGCACAUGUCCCAAGAAUUGCUCUUGAUUGGAUCAAUCUGGCGCAGCUCGCUGGCAUAUGGGCCAUUUUCAAUGUUCUGUUUUGUCUUGCGAUCUACUACAGCCCUAUCAGCCGUACCCGCAAGGCUAAACGCAUAGCCGCAUACAUCUUCGUCCUCGUCAUCUCCCUGGUACCUUUGAUGAUCGAUGCAACCACGGACCUAUUUUGCUCGCCGAUGAAAUCUCCAUGUGGUGUCCCUGAUCUGAUGGAGUUUUUCAUGGCGCUCCACCUACACAUCCUUCAGCCGGUGACCCUCGCGCUCAUGGUUAUAUCCUUCUAUGGACAGGCUCACCAACGAACCAUUGACCUGAGUCCUACAGGCCUCAAGCUUCAAAGCUUUAUCUUUUUUAUUUCGGCUGUUUGGUGGAUGUUCCGGAUAAAUAUGCCUUGGGAUAUGAUCGACGACGAAGCACCACUACCUUUUCCAGCAAAAGUCAUGAUUUGGCUUCUUUUUGCAAGGUUUACAGCUUGCGGAGAUGCAAUUUUUGCCAUUGGACAAUACGUCUUGCUGCGAUUGGUAUUACGGAAAUCGCGCGAUGAAGCUCCUCACGCAGCCACGGAGAGGCAACCUCUGUUGAACUCAACGCAUGAAGACAUUGAGCACGUCUAA